AAUUGUUUAAUAUAUAAAACACUAGAUUGAAGAGUGUUGGCACGAAAAUCCCGACUCCAGACCAGACUUUAGAUUCAUUAAUAUAAGAUUGAGAGAAAUGCAAACCGGAUUGAAACCAAACAUUUUUGAUAAUAUGAUAACAAUGUUAGAGAAAUAUGCGUACAAUUUGGAGGGUUUAGUGCAGGAGAGGACCAAUCAAUUGGUUGAAGAAAAAAAGAAAACUGAAAAAUUAUUAUUAAGAAUGCUUCCCAAAUCAGUGGCGGAACAGCUUAAAAGAGGCGCUGCAGUUGAGGCCGAGUGCUUUGAAUGCGUAACCAUUUACUUCAGCGAUAUCGUCGGGUUUACCACUUUGUCGGCUACGAGCACUCCCUUACAAAUAAUUUCAUUGUUGAAUGAAUUGUAUACUUUAUUUGAUGAAAUUAUCGGUAAUUAUGACGUCUAUAAAGUGGAGACAAUAGGCGACGCCUAUAUGGUUGUGAGCGGACUUCCGAUCCGUAAUAAUGACAAACACGCGGGAGAAGUGGCGUCAAUGGCAUUGCAUUUGUUGAGUGCAAUACAAAACUUUGAGAUCAAACACCGAAGCGGCGAAAGACUCAAACUUAGGAUUGGUAUCCAUUCGGGUCCGUGUGUUGCCGGAGUCGUGGGCCUCAAAAUGCCUCGAUAUUGUCUGUUUGGUGACACUGUCAACACAGCAUCAAGAAUGGAAUCGACAGGAAUUCCAUUGAGAAUACAUGUGAGCGAAGCCUGUAAGACAAUUCUGGACAAACUCGGAGGUUAUAUCAUUCAAGAACGAGGAGUUAUUUCUAUUAAGGGUAAGGGAGAAAUGAAGUCGUUUUGGUUAACUGGCAAACAAGAGAUCAAUUCUCCAAUUUCUUAUAAUAAUGAAUCUCCAAAAUUGAGUCCAAAAUCAAAUGAUAUUUCGUUUGAAUCAAUGGAAGUGAAUCUGAAUGCAAUCAAUCGGUUUAAAACUGGCCAUCAAUUGGAGGGAACAAUACUAACCAAUGAUGAGAUAAACAGUCACAUGAAUACAUAUUCACCCGAUCUUGAUGAAACUUGGAUUCUGGUGCCUAAAGAUGUCAACUGA